AGUUUGCGCAUUACGAAUGGCGUAGAGUUGUUAUUGUUAAAAGCGUUUAAUAAAGACUAAUAAUUAUAUUAUGUUUAUUUGUAUAGCAUUUAAACAAAAAAGUCAAAAGUGAUUGAAGAAAUUAGCCAAGAACAUAAAUGGGACUUGAUGGCCAAAAUAUAUUUAAAUGGCUUUAGAAAUAAAAUAUCUUUGUCAUAGUGGUUAAUAAUGGCCAUAUUAAAUGGCUGCAAAUAGUGAUGGCUACAGUGAAAUAAUAACUACUCCUACUUGUGAAAGAAAUACUCAAGAUUAUAGAUUGCCACAACAUUUUAAUAAGGUGAUUAGUGGAUUAGGUAGAAUUUUUGAAAAAGAGGAUAAAGUUUGCAAACUGGAGCCCUGGAAUUCUGUCCGUGUAACGCUGUCCAUUCCUCGUGAAGCAGCGUUACGUCUCCGUCAGUUAGCCAAUGAGAGUUCACAACAACUGAGAGCACUUGGAAUAUUAAGUAUUCAAAUUGAUGGAGACCAAAUAAUAUCUUUAAGAAUUGCUUCAAAUUCAGUUCAUUCUGGCACUCAAGACAUUGUAUUGAGGACAGCUCAAGAAGACAACGAAAGAGCAGACAGUGAUGCAAACCUGUUAAGGUUCCAAUCUUCAAGUAGAGCAUCAGCUUUAAGUAAUAAUGAAUCAGGAAUACAAGUUAAAUUUAAAUCUCCAAAUGUGGUUUGUCCACCAGACACUGUUGUCCCAAAAGUGGAUGGUGUUACUAGUUCUAUAGCUGCUAACACAAGCACAGGAAAAACCUAUAUUGGUCCAUUUCCAUUUGCUAGCAUGAAUCAAGCAAAGCAUUUUAAUAGAGAAGCCCCUUUUAAUUCCUUACCCCCUCCUUAUCCAGGUAAACACCCUCCUGUUACAAUAUCAAGUCCAUUAUUAGUAAAUUUGUUACAAAAUGAAGGGACAAAAGAACAUCCUAAAAGUACAAAGUUGCAAGAAACGUGUGUAAGUGCUCAUAAUGUUAGGACAAAAAAUGUUUCACCAAAAGCAGUAAACAUGAAUCAACUGGCUUCUAAUAUAACUCUAGUGCAUCAAGACAAUAGUGAUGAAAAAACAGUUCCAUCCACUCAAACAACUGUGUUAGUGAAUAAUAGUGUUUCAUCAAGCGCCUUAUUAACUAAUUCUUCCAAUAGCACCAUAUUGACAAGUACAACAAUGGUAGUAAAUAAUAUGUCUACUCAUCAAUAUCAUCAAACACCUUUAACACUUAUACAAAAUAAUACCACAGAAAAAAGUAGUAUUGGCUGCUCCAGUCCACAAUCCCAUUUUAAGGUUAAUCAACAAGAAAAUCAAACUGAACCAGCUAAUUUCUCAAAUUCAAGUGUAGAUCUUAAUUCAAUCAAGGUCGGUUUAAAAACUAAUCAAAGUUUAGUAACUGGAAAAAGAAGUAUAGCUUUGGGACAUUCUAUAACACAAUCAUCAGUGACAAGUAACAAUGUUUCAUCUUUGGAAAAAAAGUUACAAAAUAAUUUUCUUCCCAUGGAAAUAAAUGACGGUCUUAUAGGUCAACCAAAUGUUGUUUUACCGUCUACUCAAGCCAAUAUUGUGAUGAAUAAACAUUAUAUAAAUAAGGAUAAUGUAAUUUCCAGAAGUAUACAAUCACCACCUCCAUAUUCAUUGGCAGUUUCAACUAGAAAAGGAGGGUAUACACAAACCCUGAUUAAAUCUGAGAAUAUCGAGGAAGCAUUUCCACCUAUCUUAAACAAUGACAUAAACAAACCAAUAUCAGAAUUGACCCCAAGCAAUGAAAAUAAAGGAAUGGAACGUACUGUUAAUGAUAAUCAAAAAUUUCUUAUAAAUCCUUUAACUGGGGAACUUGAGCCCCAACUAAGUGAUGAAAGUGAUAAUGAAGAAACCAAGGAUGUUUUUACUGGGCUUCCAUCCCCAGCGGCGUUUUCUGAUGAAGAUAAUACAUCCAAAAGUACAGAUAUAACAAUUACAGAUCAAAGUGACAAUGAUGCCAAAUCAACUGAUAUAAAAAUAUCCAAAAAGAAUUUAAAAUCACGUGAUAUUGGACGUGAUUCUCCAAAUUUACUUAAGCCUACUGAGAAAAUAAAAUUACGUCUUAAAUUGGAAAAAUCAGAACCUAUUAAUCCAGCCUACAAGGUAGAUGUAAGCUUUAUUAACACACAACCGAAAAAGGCUUCUACUUCUUUGGCCACCUCAGGUGAAGAGCUAAAGGUACCCCCAUUACAUAUAUCUCUCAGAGGCAGGAACUCUGUAGUGAUAAAAAAUAAAAAUAGGUUAAACUCAGAUGGCAUAAUGAAAACCAAAAUAAGAAAAACACAGGAUAUUCAAACAAUUAUGAAAUUGGACCCACAAGAGUUACAAUUAAGCAGUUCAAAAAACCCAAACGGGAAUGAUGUUACCAAUUUAGACCAAAAUAAAAAUUCUGACUUAAAAAGGAACAAAAAAACGAAGACGAAUUCUGAUAACAAGGAUAUUAUAACAAGUUUUGAGCAAGACAACGACUUAAAAAAAAAAUUUAUGAUUCACUGCAUAUUUAAGGAAAAACAAGGACAACAUUCUGAGUCCGAUAUUCUAAGGGGUAAUAAUAAACAUUACAUCGAAAAUAAUAUAAAUAUUGAAGAAGCGUCUCGUAUUUCUCAAAUUGAGCACUCACAUAUAGAUCAGCUCCAAGUGUUGGGUUCUACUAAUGUUGGCACAAUAACUAGUUUACCUCAGAAACCCAGAAAAGAUAAAUUAAAAAGUAAGGAAGUCUUCAAAAUAAAAGAUUCAAAUAGAAAUAAAUGUUAUUCUUUAAAAAAUACAUUUGAAAAAAUUAACAAGCAUGUCGCUUUACCCACUACUGCAGAAAUUGAUAUGGAAGCUAAGUUUAAACAAGGACUUCUAGAAGGUCAAAAGGGUUUUUCCAAACCACUUCAUCGAACUGAAGUACAUCUUACAGAAAUUGUAAUGGAAAAUAAUAAGGCACCAUUAAAGCCUCCUAUAUUUAAAGACAAAUCCCCAGAAUCUGAUAAAUGUAAUAUUUCCGUAAAAAAAUCCUCCAGGGUUGAAAAUAAAUCAGGGGGCCAUGGAAGUGGAGGUGAAAGAUCACCUACAAGUGGUAACGCAGGACAAGGUGAAGACAGUGGAAUUGAAAGUAUGGAUGCCCUUAGUGAAAAAAGUCCAAACCAAGCAAGUCAAAGUCCCCACGCGGAUCAAUUAAUAUCUACUGCUAAAAUCAAAGUACCAGAUAUGUUGGACAUUGAAGCUGAACUUGCAAAAAUGGAAGGAUUAAAUGGAAAUCGCGAAGAAAAUACAUCUGGUAAAUCAGGUUUUGUAAAGGAUAAUAUGACAGAAGAUAUUAAUGAGAAUGAUCAACAAGCUACUAACGAUCAAAAUAAAAUGAUAUGUUGUAAAAUAAGUUGUCCAUUACAAGACUCUCAUAAAAAAAAUACUAUUUCUCCUGCUGGUCUCCAAAUGGAAGAAAAGGAAGAAACGACCAUAAGGACCGAAAUGGAUCCACUGCCAGUUCGCAUAACUCCAGCUCUUUAUACAUACUCCAACACUGAAAAAGUCCGCGUUGGGUCGGAAAGUCCUUGCGUUUCCGACGAAGAUAGCAACUCAUGCAUGGCUGUAGGUUCUGCAUCCCAUAUUAAAUCAAAGAGUUUGUUAGAACAGCUUCUUAUUGAAAUUCCCAAUGAUCACCAAUCAAAUACCAGUUCACCAAGUCCAGCUACAAGAUCUUCAGUGAGAACUAGAGCGCUUUCAAAAAUGAGUAGUCCUGAACUUGGAUCCCCGGUACCAAAACACACACGUACGCCACCUAGCGCAAAGCGAAAAAGAAAUGAGUCUGAUAGUUCUACACACAGUAUAGAUGAUGUUAAAAAUAGAAAAAAAAAGUAUUCGUUUGAAAACCCAAGGGAUGUAUUAAAAAAUAAUAAUCAAAAAGAAAUGGAGGAGUUUAAAGUUAAUGUUUGUAAGAAAAACAAACAAAAUGUCGAAGACAGUUCUGAUAGUGAUGAACCUUUAAUAGAAAAAAUGCGGAAAAACCCCUGCAUAAAUAGUACAAUAGGAUCAAGUGAAGCAUCUGCAACAUCAUUAAAAAUAAGUAAUUCAUCAAAAAGCAAAGUAAAAAGUGGAUCGGAUAUACCUGUUAAUAACAAUAAGUCGAUAUCUUUAGUAGGUACUAGAAGGUCUGUUAGAAGUAAUAUACCUGCACAAAAUACUCGAAGUAAAGGUGAAAAGGGUCAACAGCAGGAUGGAGAGAUUAAAAAGAAAGAAAAAAUGACUGAAUCAGACAGGAGAAAAACACGAAGUGCUGUGUCAGAAGUUGAAAGUAAACGAAAAAAAGAAAUAAAGUGACACUAUAUAAAGGGCUGCUAUGAAAACAGCCUUUUUCAUCAUUAUAUACCACACCAUCAUUUAUGUGAUCAAACAUCAUCCUCUUUCUACAGUACUACUACAGAAGAUGAAAAAGAUAAUAAUUUAAGUGAUAAUGAAGAUUGUGGUCAAAGCACAACCUCUUUCUACCCAUCAAUGCAAACCUAAUGUAUAUACAGAUUGUGAUAUACCUAUUACACCAUUAGAUUUGUAUAUAAUUUAAAAUAAAUAUUGUAAAUAAAAUAUUCAUUGUUCAUACACACAUAAAAGAAGUAAAUGUGGUAUUUUCC